UUGUCAUCGUCAUCAUCGUUGUCAUCGUCGUGUAAAAAUAUUUCGCGUAUUACAGACCUAUCAAUCAUUUGUUUUGGUGGGUUUUUUUUUGUUUUUAAUUUAUAUCAAAGGUACCCCCACACCUUUGAGAAGUGUUUAUUUCAAACGUGGAACGAGGAGUGAAUAGGGUAUCGACAGCAGGUGCGAGUUUUCUCCUCCUAUUCUACGAUCAUCUAGAUGGAGGUUCCUUUAUAGCGUAGACAUCGAUAUAAGAGGGACGUUGCUCGUGUUAGAUCGUUGCAAGCCAUGUCACGUACGUUUAGUUUCGAACAUCUGUUUGCUCCAGUAUCGUUAUGACUUGUACGUUAACUGUCUCUUUCUUGCAUAUACAAAAAAAAAAAUAAAAUAGGAAAAAUAUAUUGAGAAAGAGAAAUAGUUUUAAUAUAUCGAUCGUUAGAUUAUAUCAUUCUAAUAAAAAAAACAAAAAAAAAAUAAUAGAGAAAGACAGAAAAUUCGUCAUUUAACCCUUAGAGUGUUAUGAGCGCAUAUAUGAGUUUGGUAAAAAUAAUCAGAGUGGUCUAUCGAUGCAUACACGUCGUUUUUUCAUAUUAAUGUUUGAUCAUUUCGAAUUGUGAUAGAAGAGACCUUAGUGUUAUUUUGAAUGAAUAAUUUGUCGUUUAUCUAUCGGGAAGAAAAAAAAAAUUAUAAUAAAAUAAUCAAAUAAAAGAGUGGGUGAACUUUAGAGUCUCCAGUGAUGAACGUAGGAGAGAAAGAGACAGACAUAUUAGUGCCGGUUAAAAUAACAUCGACGUGUGAAAACUAUAAAAAUAUAGUGUUUGCUAUGUGUGAUUAAUAAAAAUUAAUAAAAAAUAAAAGAAAACAUAAUUAAACGAGAUAUAAACAGUAUUAAAUAAUAAUUCAUUAGUUAUUAAAUAAACGUCAUCGUUCAACGUGAGGAUAACAAGAGAAGAAAGAAGAAUAAUUGUUUAUUAUAUUUUUUGAAAAACAAAUUCGCAAAUAAUUUGUGCAAUUGAGAUAAGAAAAGGGAAGAUAGAAGAGGACAGAAAUAUUGAAAAGUACGAUUAAAUGUGUUGAAAAGAGACAUCAAAGAAAAAGAGAGAGAGAGAGAGAGAUACGAAAGGACUGUGAGAGAGAAAGACAUAUAUACAUAUAUAUGUAUAUAUAGAAGAGGAUCAUAGAACCGAACAGUUGGGAAACGAGGACAACGAGAGGACGCAUAACGAGCCCAUACAAAGAGAUCGUAGAUACCUGUUUCUCGUUUGAUAGCGUGAAGCCAGUUCCCGGACUGGAAAACCUGCCGAGGUCGUUCUGGCGUGAGCUCAGUUCACCCUUUACCGAGGAGUACGAAGAGGACAUUUUUGCCACCGAGACCGGUGCAACGCCCGAACCAAGGCCGUUUUUUGAAGAUCCAGAAAGUAAUAUUACAGUGCAGUUAGGUGCACAAGUAUACAUGCACUGUAGAGUACAAAAUUUGCAAAAGAAUUUGAAGGUAUCUUGGGUUCGUAGACGUGGUGAAGAAUAUCAUUUACUUACCAUCGGUCUUGACACGUAUGCCAGUGACUCGAGAUUUUCAUUGGCUUUUGAAGAUCCAAAUGAUUGGCGAUUAUUAUUACGUUCGGCAACUGAACGAGAUGCUGGACUUUACGAGUGUCAAAUCAGUUCACAUCCGCCAUUAAUUAGAAUGGUUCAUCUAACGGUAUCCGUACCAAGAGUUGAGAUAGUUGAUGAGCAUGGUGAGACCACCGGCGAUAAAUUCUAUAAAGCAGGUAGUACGAUAGAGCUGAAGUGUGUCGUUAGCAAUAUACCUCAACCAACUGGAUACGUAACAUGGCGGCAUGGAACUCGUACACUGAAUUACGAUACCACCCGUGGAGGAAUCAGUGUGAAAACCGACAUGGGGUCGGCAGGAGCUGUUUCGAGGCUCUACAUUGCCAAUGCGAAUAAAAAAGACAGUGGGAACUAUAGUUGCGCAUUGGCCGACGUAGCUGCGGUCACUGUCGUAUCUGUCCACGUGCUCAACGGAGAGAAUCCAGCAGCGAUGCAGCAUGGUGGAAAUGGUUGUUCAAGGGCACCAUUGAUUUUAAUCAUCCUUGCGACAUUGUCAUCACUUUUGAGGUGACCGUGAUACCUGAUGAGGUGCUGCUAAGUAGCUCCGCGAUACGAAUGGUGCUAAUUAAUUUUUUAUCACGAGCGAGGACAUAGGAAUCGGCUGAAUCGAAAAGAAAAAGAUGAAGAAGAAGAUAAAGAAGAAGAAAAGAAAAAGAAUUUGGAAAAUAGAAAUGAAGAAAAAGUUAUGAAGAAUGAUGAAGGAAGAAAAUGGUAUAAAAAAAAUUGAAAGAAUCGAAGAAAUCUCAUCCUGUUAGCCGAGUGUCCACCGUGUUCCUUUGAAUAAUUUCACGAUUUAAAAAGAAAUACGUUCGAAGGAGUAAUUAUUAAGUUUAAAUAAACUCUGUUUUAAAUUGGUCUCGUGUCAAAUCAAAAAAUCUCUUAUACAUAUACAUAUAUAUAAUAACAAUUCUGAGAUAAACUCGAGACCAAAACAACAUUUUACACGAGCUCAAAGCAACGAAAUUUCAUUUCCGGUGUUCAAUAGUUUCAAAUUCGUCGCACGAACGUUUAUAUCGAUCACGAUCUUAUAAAAUGUUAUAUUACGCGUGUGGAAACUCGUACGAAUAACAAAAAAAAAAUGGCACGUUCCAAAAUCGUUGCGAGCAUACUUUAUCUUUGCCCGAUACGAAGGGAUAAAAAUAAUAAUACUAAUAAUUAUUAAAUAAUAAUACUAAUUAUAAUACUACUAAUAAUAUUAAUAAUAAAAAUGAAGGGAAUAAAAAUAAAAAAGAAAAAAAAUCAUGGACGUCGAGUGACUGGACAUCCGAUACUGUUAUAUUAUAUAUAUAUAUAUAUAUACACAUAUUAUAUAUAUAUAAGCAAACACGCGCACACGCACGUACGCAUACACACACAAACAAACACAAUCCUACAAACAUACAUCGCAUUUUAUAUGUAUACGUAUUCGUUAGUAUCACGAAAAACAAUUCGUGAUUCGGUGAUGAGUAUGAACGAUGAGAACCAUAAUUCAAAUGAGAACGAAUGGAUCAAUGACGACGACAUCAUUUUUUAUUCAUUUUUGUUAAAUAAGAAAAUAUAUCAAUUUUUGUUUCUUGAGUUUCGAAAUGCGAGUUUAAGUAUCUACGAUAUCGUACGUAAUGAAACAAUGAAAAAAUAAAAUAAUAAUGUCGAUCCUAAUCAAACUUACGAUUGACAUUUGCUAUUCAACAUAUCAACUCAAUUUUCAACGUACUGUAUAGAUACGUAUAUCGAAUAAAAAAAGGAAGAAAUGAAAAGAUGGUAGGUCAAAUUUUUUUUUUCAACAUUCAGAUGAAAAUGUAAACGAGAGCUUUAAGCGAAGACAGUUCGAGAAUUAAUUUAGUGACAUUUUCAAAUGAAAUCGUAAUUCGAUAAUACUUAAUGAGAAAAAAUUUUUUACCAUUUUCCGAUAAAAAAUAGAAGUCGAAUAAAAUGAUCGAGCUUAUCAAUGAAAAUAAUAAUAAUUCUUUUUGGAACAUACAUAGGCGAUUUCAACGUAGAAUCGUUAAUAAAAUAUGUCAAAUCCCUUAUGUGAGUAACCCCCGAAGCGUUUACUAACCUGUGAACUAUGCAAAUAUGCUUUCCACGUACGGGCUAGUUGGAUAUAGUAAAUUUAGCACUUUGAUUAUCGACCCGCUCACGAAGGAUAAUCAUCAUUUUUGCAAAUGUAUCGUAGAUCGAUAAGUAAAGUUAAAUUCGUAAAGUUCGAUCUAUUUUAUCCCUAAUCACGUUUAUUUCGCUUUAUCAAUUAAUUAAAUUCUUUUUUUUUAAACAAAAUAUAAAAAAAUAGGUCAUCACCUGCCAUAUUCCCAAAAAAAAAAAAAAAUUUAGAGAGAGGACUAGAAGCAAAUUAUUUUCAAAAGUUAAAAUAAUUCGUUAAUAAUCUGUCGAACGGGGUUGGCUGAUUGACACUCGUCAACGUCAUUGCAUAUGAAUUAGCCGUAGUUAGUUACAGGAUUUAUAGGUGAGUACGUUGAAAGGCUUGUAAAUUAAUCUACGGGCCUGUCAUCGAAUGUCGUUUCUCGUUCGUGCCAAAUACGAACUAUUUAACGGAAAACGAGAGGUCAUCGAUCCGAACUUUGAUUAACAUGACAAAUGAUUGCAUCUAUGAAUGCAUAUAUAUAUAUAUAUAUAUAUACGUAUGUAUGUAUGUAUGUGUAUAUGUAUGCGUGAAUGCAUUUUAUGUGCGUAUACGAGAACUUAACGAUAUACGUCAGACAAUUUGAGCAUUCAAAAAAUCACUUAUUGGUCCGAGAUUUGAAAAGAAAAAGAAAUUAAAUGUAAAUUCGGUUUACACUUUUUAGAUUUUCCCUGCUAUCGAAUCGAGACAAGUUUGUUUGGUAGGUUGGUACAUAUCAGGAUACAAAAUACACCAGAAUUGUUCGUGUUGAUCAAAGGAAGCAGAAAAAGAAAGAAAAUAUAAGAUAAAUUGUAAUUACACAUAGUUUUGUUAUAGGUACUUUGUAUUUAAUACAAAAACAUUUAUUUAUUUCGAAAUAAAAACCAAAUUUUCCUAUUCGUAUUUAAUCACAAAAUGAUAAAAAAAAUUGUAGUGUUGAUCGAACGAACGAAAAAAAAUUUUUAUGUUACUGGUUAUAUAAUAUAAUAAUUUUAUUAUUGUUUAGAAAGAAAAGUAAAUUGUUCGAUUGGAAAUGGUAUCAAUGACUAUAAAUCGUUAAGUAGAACUACAGGACAAUGAUGCGCACACGGACUGUUAAAUCGUUUGUGGGGAUGUCCUGUGUUUUCUCUUUUUCAUCCCUUUUCUGUAUUCCGGUACCACCAAAGCUGCUGCACCCUCCCUCUCUCCUUCCUUUUCCCAUUUCCCUUUCUCUUUCCCUCCCACUCCUCUCACCCCACCCUACUGCUGUUCCAUUUCUCACCCACCUCAAGCCCAUAUAAUACGAUAAUUUAACGGGAGGCAUUAUUGAACGUUGCAGCUGGAAAAUAUUUCAAACUGGGGGCUAGGGAAAGCCGUCGCGCAACAACCACAUCCGCCUGCACCACUGGCACUGUUCGUGAUAAAUUUAAUUAUUACGCCGCACCACGGUUAUCCACCAUGGUCGAAUAACGAAAAAUCGUACUACUUGUUCUCUACCUUCCUCUCUUUCUCUCUCUCUCUCUCUCUCUCAUGUUUUUGUUUUGGUAUCUGGAAGAAAAACAUCGUUGAUUGAGUUAACGUUUGAAGAAUAUUAAUUUUGCAAUCUUAGUUCGAUAAUCCGACAGAAAAAAUUUCAAGCUCUAAGAUCUUCUUCAUUUUCUUUUUCUAUUCGACGAAUUAAACGUACUUUUAUUUUUUAAAUAGAAAACAAAAAUAGAUUGAUUGAAUAUAGUCUUAAAUUAAUACUUCACUUAUUACUAUCUUGUGUCUGAGAUAAAAUAGAAAUAACAUUUUAUAAAGAAAUUCUCUCUCGUAAAAUAGUUGAACAAAGUAAAUACGAUAGUAAUGGAUAAAAAAGUAUUUCUAUUUGUUCUUUUUAUUUUUUUAUUUUUUUUUUUCACAAAAAUUCGUUAAAAAGAAGAAAAAGUGGUGAAGGAUAUACCACUGAAUUCCUAUAUAUAGCGUUUCACUAUCGAUUAAAACGGAAUAACCGAACGUAAACCAACAAUCCACUUGAGAAGAUAUUAAAUAUAAUAAUAUCCACUUAUAAAAAGAUAUAGGAUAUUAAACGUUCAAGUCAGACUAUCGGAAAUACAAGCAAAAUUGUUUUUCUUUUUAUCUCCUUGACUGUGAGAAGUGAAAAGACUGAGAGAGGCGGUCAAUGGGGAAGGUGAGGGGGUUGAGGAUAAAAAAAAACGAAAGACUAUCAUUGAAAUUUUCAAUUCGUACUCGAUGUUAUUAAUCGAAACAGAUCGAUGAGAUUUUA